AUGCUGCAGCUCCUAGAUAGCCCCGUGGGUCCAGGAGGGCUGGGGGGGAGGGGGAGUGGAAGGGAAGAGGGGAAAGGGUCACCGCCCCUUCCCUUGGGACCACAUGGGGUUAAGCGGACCUUCUUCCCUUUCUUCUUGGAGUUCAAGGGGGACCAGCGACUGGCCCUGAGCAUCGUGGAGACGGUCGCACAGGCCUUGAUCUUCAUGGCGUCCCUGGUGGGCAAUGUGUGCUCCAUUCAGCUGCUGGCAUGCCAGCAGCACUGGCGCACCACCACCUGCCUGGUGCUCAACCUCUUCAGUGCUGACCUGCUCUUCAUCACGGCCAUCCUGCUGGUGCUGGCCUUGCGCUGGACCCAGGAGUGGCUGCUGGGUGACCUCGCCUGCCAUUCUAUUUGUACAUUGGUCUGGCCCAGCGUCCAAGGAGAAAUCUCUUGGGAUGUGUUGUUUGUGAUUUUGAACUUUUUCGUGCUGGGAUUGGUUAUUGUGAUAAGUUACUCCAAAAUCUUACAGAUUAUAAAAGCUUCCAGAAAAAGGUUAAACGUCAAACUGGCCUAUUCGGAAGACCGCCACAUCUGGGUCUCCCAACAAGAUUACAAACUGUUCUGGACUCUUCUUGUGCUCAUGGUCUCAUUUUUCAUCAUGUGGAGCCCCAUUAUCAUCACUGUUUUCUUGAUCUUGAUCCAGAACUUCCAGCAGGACCUGGUGAUAUGGCCAUCCCUAUUCUUCUGGAUCGUAGUAUUUACAUUUGCCAACUCUGCAGUCAACCCCAUUCUGUACAGUACUUCCCACUUUCAGAAGGAGUGGUGGAGGGGCCUUUUCUUCUGCUCCUUGCUGCCUGAGAAGACCAACAUGGCUAUGGACACUUCAAUGAGAAGAAAUGACUUGUGUGUGGUCACAGGCUGA